UAUGUUGUAUUGGAAGAACAGCAACCUUAGUAGCUUUCAUGUCCUCCUCAACUUCCUCAAUCAUUCACUUUCUUUUAUGCUACAUUAUACAAUAGCUCUUCUUUAUAGUUAUAUAACUUCUCACCGUUAUCAAAACCCUUCAUUGUUGUAUUCAUCGACCAAAAGCAAGAUCGAAAAAUGAGGACCAAAUCUCAGUCUUCUGUUAAUCUGAAGGUCAUAUUCACAUGCUGCUCAAUCUUGAUAUUUCUCAUUAUCUUCUUUGCAAGAUCAAACAUCUCUUCCUCCUCCUCAAAGCCCCUUUCCGAAACCAAUCUCUCUCAAGAAGAAGUAGAAAAUCAGCAUAAACCAAAAGGAUGUCCAACAACACAACAAUGCACAAAGAUGCCAAUCUCUUUAUCCGACGCAUUAGUUCACUACGUCACCAGUAACGUCACUCCACAACAGACAUUCGACGAAGUCUCUGUCUCAAAGAGAGUCUUGGACAAGAAGUCUCCAUGUAACUUCCUAGUCUUUGGAUUAGGUCACGACAGCUUGAUGUGGGCAUCUCUCAACCAUGGUGGUCGUACCUUGUUUAUUGAGGAAGACAAGGCUUGGAUCGAGACUGUGACUAACAAGUUCCCAAACUUGGAAUCUUACCACGUCGUUUACGACACUAAAGUGAAAAACUCCGACAAGUUGAUGGAGCUGGGAAGAUCAGAGGAGUGUACAUCCGUCACCGAUCCAAGAAACUCGAAAUGUGAUCUAGCCUUGAAAGAUUUUCCGGCAGAUUUUUACGAGACGAAAUGGGAUCUAAUCAUGGUAGAUGCUCCAACUGGUUACCACGAGGAAGCUCCAGGGAGGAUGAGCGCUAUUUACACGGCGGGGCUUUUGGCUCGCAACCGUGAAGAUGGAGAAACUGACGUUUUUGUUCACGACGUUAACCGUCCGGUGGAAGAUGAGUUCUCGGCGACUUUCUUGUGUAAGGGAUACAUGAGGGAGCAAAAUGGGAGGCUAAGGCACUUCACCAUCCCUAGUCACAGGGCUCGUGCUGGAAGACCGUUUUGUCCUGUGGAUGUUGAUCACCGCCGUUGAUUUUUUUUUUCUUUUGCCGGGAAAUAUUUGUGUUGCGGAGAUCUAUGCAGUUAACCGGACUCAGGGCCGGUAAAUUGAUUUACCUAGUGGAUCUAGAGUCACUUUGCUUGGCUUUUUGUGUGUGUUUUUGCUUUAUCUUGAUGAUUACCGUUUUAAGGAUUCAGUGCAUUUACUGAAACGAUGUUUUAAUGUAGUUUUAUUCAUAUAAUUAUUUGUCAUUUUAAUGAACACAAAUAAGAAAAAAAUCUUUAUAUAUAAAAAAGGGUUUGUAUCCCUCCCAGCUAUGCCACCUAGGAUGCCAGGUAAAAAAUUCGUUGCACGACAGCUUGACACGUGUCACAUUCCUUCUACGCAGCGUUUCAUUUAACCUUGGCGUCAUGGGCUUCGUCUGCGUGUUGUGCGAUUGGGCUUUGUUCGGUUGUGAGUGUUAUCCGGCCCGGAUACAUCGAUGACGCCUCUACCCUAGAACGUCUGAAGCAAAGAAACGAGGUUCGUCGCUCCCCUUCGAGGCGGCUCGCCGGUGACGUUUACGCUUCUUCCCACGGCUUGAAACGGUCUGAUUUAUGCCUUCGUCUUUACUCCCAUUGAUUCCCUCACCCACGAUCUGUCUUCAAAGUGCUUUUGGAUCUGAGAAGCGGUGUAGGUUCAGUAUAAAUAUAUGUUACAUUCUUCUCCUUGAACACAUCUUCUCUUCGUUUCCUUUUUUUCCUCUGAAACUUUAUCAUCUUCUUCAUCUGAUCGAGGAUGAACAACUACAGUUAUGAGAGGACGAGAUGCUUGAAUGUUUCUGGGGGGCUAAGAAUGUUAAGCGCGGUGGUUGAUAUAAAUGGGAAACCGAAGGUAUUAACUAUUUAAGAAAUGGAGGCGGUGAUGACGUAGCAGGAGCUCCGCCUUGGAAUCCGAUGACGAUGCGAGCUGCUUGUAACGAACCUGGAGAUGAGUCCACAAGGAUCACUGGCGUCAAGAGAGGUAGUAACGAAGGAGGUGGUGAUAGAGAUUCACAGAAACUGAAAUUCUCUGUUUCUUUGUUGAGAGAAGAAAUAAAAAAAGAUUCCACAGCGUACGAUGGGAAAAACCUCCUACAAGACAAAAGAAGAGACAAGAACUAUUCUGAGUCAAAUGAAUGUAAGUUCCAAGCUUUAUUUGUUGCUUAACAUUUUCAAUCUUGGUUGCUGACUCUCUUCACCAGACUGUGGCUAGCCGAGGAAGUAAUAGCAUGCUCUUCUGAUUUAUGAAAACAUGAUCAAAGGCUGGCUACUAUAUACUCAUCAUCGCAACUUUGAUGAAUGUUAUUAACAUUUUUCUCAUAUUGCUCGGAACUUAUGAUCAUGAGAGCUUACGUUUGUUGUUUGGUGCUAUUCAUGUUCUACAGUUGGUUACUUGGUUGAAUAAUAUUUUAAAACCGCCUAACCUACCAUUUACGUUUGUUGCUCGCUGCAAGAUUGGCUAAUUUUCGUGUAUUAGUAAAAUGGUUCUCAAUGAAUGGCCAAAUGUUACAUUCUUGCA